ACCUGCACACUGUACGCUGCGUCUCCCGCCAGUGCGCAUCUAUUUCAAGUCACUGGUUGAUACCUGGUUGAUGGGGUUCUGGGAGUUCUUCUACUCCCCAAGCCCGGCCCAGAGUGCUCAUCCUACAAGUCUGCAGUUUCUACCGAGUAACCUUCACAGCCGAGACGUCCGCUAAUCCCCCGGUAUCUUCCGCGGUCAUUAGCAUCGAGUAGACCGUCUUUUUCCAGAUCCUCGGAUCCGGAAGUCGAACCCCUGACACUACGAGACCUCGCACCAAGCACCGCUGGACUAAAGUUAUCCCUCAAGGCAGGAGGAAGGUUGCAGGCGCUCUGUGGUAGUGGGUGAGGGAUGAGUAUGAUGGUUGUGUGGUGGGUGUUGGUGGCCGGGCUGGUGGUGGGUACCACCCACUCCCGCCUCACCCACAGAGAUGCCUCAACCUGUACUCCCACAUUCUCCAAGGUGCUGUUCAACCAGACAGAAGGGUCGCAGUACGUGCAGUACGCCCAGCACCUCCCAGACAUGACCGGCUUCACCCUACACUACUGGAUCAACUUACUCGAACCUGCCAACUACGCCUGCCCCUUCGCCUAUUAUAACGAAGCAGACGGCACGUUCAUCCAGGUGCUUGUGAUAACUCCACUGUCGACGCCGUCGUUCGUGCUCCAGGUGAACGGUGUGAUAGUGAGCUUGGUGCAGCACAAGGUCAAGCUGGUGGGGGAGUGGCACCACGUCCUGCACUCCUGGCACUCUGGCACCGGCAGAUGGAGCCUCUACGUCGACGGCCGCCUCGUCCAAAGCGAGACCGACGAGCGGAAGCGCGGCCUGGCGGUGAGCGGCGGCGGACGGGCCUUCUCCGGCCAGCGUCAUGAAAUUAUCACCGGAAAGUACCCGUGUGAUGGAUGCGGCCACGGUCUGCACGGCUGGCUCACCUUGCUGGGGUUUGAUACCCAUGGAAUACAGCGCGCCAAUUACUGGAUGACCCGGAUGAUGGUGUCGGUGGUGGCCGAUGGCUGCAGUCCCGAGGUGGGCGGCGACGUCAUUAACUGGAAGAACACACCCAGACGAGGCUACGGCGGCGCCAUGGAGGCUCCCGCUAACUCCACCUGCGGUGCCUUCUGAGAGAGAGAGGUGGGGGGGGGAGGCAGUGGUCUUCAUGGCAUUCCCCCGCACACACAUACAUAUAUAGGUUAGAUUUUAAACUUAUUUAUUAUUUAUUAUGUAUUAACAUUAUUAUAAACAAAUUCAUGGCAUAUUAGUAUAUUUAAUAUAAAUUUUGUAUACGCUGAGAAUAACAAAAAGCAGAAUA